AUUGAUUUAUCCUUCUCAGAUCCACCACUUUUAAUGACACAAAGAGCAUAGAAAUAUCUGAAAAACAUCGUGGAUAGUUUGUUUAAAGGGAAUUUUUAAGAAUUGAGAUCUUCUAUUUAUUGCUUUCUUAAAAAAAAAAGUAUAGAAAGGCGCUGGUGAGAUUCCUUGAAAAGGUAUAAAAUUGGUGUAUAAUGCGUGAAAGCGAGAAUCGAGACAAAGAGCCAAUCUCGAAUGAUUCGAGAAACUCCUCUUCUCAUCUUUCUGAUAAAUUGAAAAAUUUGUUUCACUUUCGCCGUAAUCGAGCGGUGACCGUAUCUACAAGCUACCAAAAUUCGUCUCAGUCAAAAUCUCCUGAACGUUCUGAUGAGAACUAUAUGGAAGGAAUGACCGAUAGUAACGAUGGAUUUUUGGAUCGGAAGCCAGUUCUUCGGAGGAUAUCGUCAGCUCCGGAUUCUCAUGAAGGAAUUGAAGCUCCAUCGAAACCGCCAGUGAAUAGCUCUAACAUGAGAAAAGCUCAAUUUAAAACGUUAAAGAAUCCAGCAAAUUAUAUAUUUGGACCGACCGAAUAUAGCAAACGUACAUACUCUGGAAACAGUACAAAAAUCAGCAAGGUCGAAGUUGCUCCACAAAGUUUUGAAAAAAUCCGACUAUUAGGCCAAGGAGAUGUUGGAAAGGUGUAUCUAGUUAAACAAAAAAGCAACAAUCGGCUGUUUGCUAUGAAGAUAUUGAGCAAGGCCGAAAUGAUCAAACGACGCAAAGUUCAACGCGUUUUGGCCGAGCAAGAGAUUCUUACUAAAAGCAACCACCCAUUUAUUGUCACUCUUUACCAUGCCUUUCAAUCCACAGAUCAUCUUUAUUUAUGUAUGGAGUAUUGUGCUGGCGGGGAGUUUUUUCGCGCACUUCAUUCACUUCCUGGCCAUGUUCUACCUGAAAAAAGUGCUUGCUUUUAUGCAGCUGAAGUAACACUUGCACUUGAAUAUCUUCAUUUAAUGGGUUUCAUUUAUCGAGAUUUGAAGCCCGAAAACAUUCUUUUACAUCAAUCUGGGCAUAUUAUGUUGUCCGAUUUUGAUCUAUCAAAACCAAUCAAUACAGAAGCUCAUCCGCGGGUUCGUGUGACAAAACAUUCUACUUUUUCCCAAGACAAACCGGCCUUGGAUACGAAUUCCUACUUUUCCGUUUAUCGUACAAACUCAUUUGUUGGAACUGAAGAGUACAUUGUGCCAGAAAUGAUUAGAAGUUGCGGUCAUACCGUAGCCGUGGACUGGUGGACUUUGGGGAUCUUCUUGUAUGAAAUUUUGUAUGGUACUACCCCAUUUAAAGGAAAAAACAGGCAUGCUACAUUUUCAAAUAUUCUGUAUGCGGACGUCAACUUCCCUGAAUAUAGUUCAGCACCUAACGUAUCGAGCACAUGCAAAAAUUUAAUUAGGCGGCUAUUAAUUAAAGAUGAAACUAAGCGCUUCGGUUCAGUAGCUGGUGCAUCCGAUAUUAAAGAACAUCCAUUCUUCCGUGAUAUCCAGUGGGCACUCUUACGCAGCAUGAAGCCUCCUAUCGUACCAAACAUUCAGGAAGGUAUGGAGGCUGUACGGAAAUCUUCAGGAGUUUCUGAUGCACCGGAUAGUAUUGACUAUUUAAACUCUCAGUAUCUGAUUUCAUCCAAUCUUCCUGGUGUUGACAUGCAUUCGGCUACUCCAAUCCCGGAAAGUGAGAAUCCGUUUACUGGUUUUAGUUCUGUCACGCUGCAUCAUGCAGGAGACGAAUAAGUUAUUUACUGCUUGCUUUCUAUUUCUGAUAUUUACUUUUAUGCCAUGAUUCAUUUUUAUAUCUAGUCUGAUUCUACUUUUAUGUCGUGAAAUUCCCAAAAAAGAAGAAAAAAAACGCUUUUUGUUAUGUCAAUUUCGUAUUUAUGUUUGCUACUUUCUUCAGUGGACACAUUAAACAGGACGCCAUGUCGUCCAUACCCUUCUUAAACCAAAAUUUUGAAGUCUGUGUUUCAAUAGUUAUCUAGGAUGAGAUUGUUUGCCAAAUGCAAUUCAGUUCAUGUCAAAAUUCGACUCUUCUCAAGUUUCAUAAAUAUUAAAGUAUAUGCAUAACCUUUUCUUAAUUUAAAUAAGUGUUAAAUUCGUCUUUCUUAGGCUUCUGAGUAAUAUACCCAUUCUUUUAAUAAAGGUUGAAUUAUUUAUUUGGCAGUCUUACUGGAACUAGUCACUGUCCAAUUGAAAAAU